ACACACACACACACACACACACACACACGCGCGCGCACGCCGUCAGGAUGGACACGACCAGCGAAGCCUCCAGCGCUCAGGAACGGCCCAAAUGGGACAACAAGGUCCAGUACCUGCUGACCUGCGUGGGGUUCGCCGUGGGACUCGGGAACGUCUGGAGAUUCCCGUAUCUCUGCCAGAUUUACGGAGGAGGUGCGUUCCUGAUCCCGUACCUGAUCGCGCUGGUCUUCGAGGGUCUUCCUCUGCUGUAUCUGGAGCUGGCGAUCGGCCAGAGUCUGAGGAAGGGCAGCAUCGGCGUCUGGCACUCCAUCUCUCCUCUGCUGGGCGGACUGGGUGUGGCGUCGAUGAUCCUCUCCUUCCUGGUGGGCUUGUUUUAUAACACGAUUCUGGCCUGGGUUCUGUGGUAUUUCUUCCACUCGUUUCAGGAGCCGCUGCCCUGGAGUCAGUGUCCCAUCAACGACAACAACACGGGUUAUGUGGAGGAGUGUGUGAUCAGCACACCGGUGAACUACUUCUGGUACCGGCAGACGCUGAACAUCUCGCCGGGCCUGGAGCAGAGCAGCUCUCUUCAGUGGUGGCUGGUGCUGUGCCUCGCCUCGGCCUGGGGCAUCGUCUACAUCUGCUUCAUACGGGGCAUCGAGACCAUCGGGAAGGCCGUGUACGUGACCGCGACCUUCCCGUACCUCGUGCUCACCAUCUUUCUGGUGCGGGCCCUUACACUGCCAGGUGCCACCGACGGGCUCCGGUACCUGUUCACACCAGACUGGACGCUGUUGACUAAUCCUCAGGUGUGGCUGGACGCCGCUACACAGAUCUUCUUCUCUCUGUCUCUGGCCUUCGGGGGACUCAUCGCAUUCUCCAGCUACAACCCCAAGAAGAAUGACUGUGAGCGAGACGCUGUGUUUGUGGGAUGCAUUAACAGCGCCACGUCUCUCUACGCUUCCAUCCCCAUAUUCGCCAUCUUGGGCUUCAAGGCCACGAGCAACUUCAACGCCUGCAUCGACGGGAACAUCCUGGAUCUGACCAACGCCUUCGACAUCGAGGAGAAGAACAUCACGGCGGAGAACUACGACAACUGGCUGAUGUUUCUGAACUCAAGCGACCCGGAUAAAGUCUCCGGCCUCAACCUAAAACACUGCGUCCUCAAGAACUUCCUGGAUCAGAGUGCUUCAGGAACGGGCCUGGCGUUCAUCGUGUUCACGGAGGCAGUGAUCGAGAUGCCGGGUUCGCAGGUGUGGGCCGUGCUCUUCUUCGUCAUGCUCCUCAGCCUCGGCCUGUCCUCCAUGUUUGGGAUCCUGGAGGGGGCCCUGACACCGCUGCUUGACCUGCACGUGGUGCCCGAGUGGAUGCCCAAAGAGAUCUUCACAGGUCUGAUCUGUGCGGUGAGCUUCCUGGUGGGGUUGAUCUUCAUGCUGGGAUCCGGGAACUACUGGCUGGAGAUCUUCAACAGUUACGUGGGAUCCGUCCCGCUCCUCGUCAUCGCCUUCUUCGAGAUCAUCGGCGUCGUGUGCUUCUACGGGAUAAAGCGCUUCAGCGAUGACAUCGAGUUCAUGACGGGACGCCGGCCGAACCUGUACUGGCGCGCGUGCUGGAUGGGCAUCAGCCCCGUCAUGCUGCUGGUGGUGCUGGUGGCCUACGUCGCGGUGCAGGUCCAGACACACCCCACCUACCCCGCCUGGAACCCGCAGUAUGAGAAGUUCCCGGAGCCGGAGGUGAAGCCGUACUCGGACUGGGUGUUCGCGGUGUGUGUGUUGCUGAGCUCGGUUCCUGUGCUCUCCAUCCCGGCCGUGGCCGUGUACAGACUCAUCAGACGACAGACCAGAUCCCAGGCGGGACACAGUUACCCGAACCCCUACAGCAACCAGAACCAGAACCCCAACAGCAACCCGGCCUUCACACCCGACGGGCGCAUCCAGACCUAUAAAGCGCUGUAGAAGACCAGCCUCAUAUCCUGCAAUUCAUACGCCAAAAUGAGUUUUUACGUGCAUAUGAUACACA